UAAAGAUUAUUCUACAGGCGUCAUAUUGCGAAUUGUCUCAUUCAAUUAGGGUUUUUUUUUUUUGGGUAGAACAUUAGUGUGAAACUGCGAGAUUUUACCAUUUUUUAUAUUAGGACUGCUUAGAUUACGUGAUGUCUGUAAAUGUAUUGGAACAAGUUGGCUGUUCUUCCUUUUGAUUUCACAAUUUAGGUCAUUGAACUGUUUUUUCUUGAUGAAUGAAAGGGAUUUGCCAAAGUCUUUCUCAGGGAUUCAUGUAUUUGUUUGAAUUGCAGCUGUUUGGUUAAGAAACAGCUGCUGACUGAUUAGUUCUAUGUAGUUUAGUGGGAUGGAGAGUUCAAUCUGCUCUUGUGGUAGAACUUGGAUUACUGUUUGGCACAAUUUUGUCUAUUUCUUCAUUAUGAUUUUCUCUUCGCCGCGUAUUCUGUAUUCUCGUCUUCUUGUUGAAACAAAACAAAUGUGCUUAGUUCAAUGACAAUUCAUUGGUCUCUCCGUUAUUUUCCUUCUAUCUGAAGUUCGCAAGUUGUUUUUUUUUUUUUUUUUUUUUUAAUCUAGCCUGAUGUAUGGGCAUUGUUAAAUGAGGAUAAAGUUUGUAUUUUUGGAUGUUUAAUGUUGCAAAGUCAGUGCAUAUGAUGGAUUACACUUGAUCUCUGAACUUCAGGUAAGUUCACAUGUUGACAUCUCAUGUACUGAUGCUCAUGGCUUUGCACUUAUUUCUUUAUUUUUCAUCUUCUUUUGGUUUAUCAUUUCGAUGGGUAAGAGAAUGUUGGAAAUAAUAGGUUUGUUAAUUACUCAGAAGAGGAGACAAUGAAUAUCCCUUCUGUAUUCUUUGUUUUCAUACCCAUCCUCAUUUACACAGCCACUGCUUCUUCUGACUUUACUAUACUACUCUUUUUCUUUACUAUUCUCUCUCGCUUUCUCUCUCUGAAAAGCUGCCUUGAACUGGAAUAUCUCUAACUCACAAUUUCAAGGAAAGUUUCUUUUUCUACAUUUUCUUCCCUAAGCUUUUACUCGUCAUUUUUUGUUUUCAGUGUUUGGGGUUAUGCUUCUCUUGAUCUGAUCUGCUGAUAUUUUGUCAUUGAGAAAAUGUCUCUGUGCAAAAAGAAGUUAUUCUUGUUUGGAUCCAUGGUUGUGUUUACUGGUCGUGGAUUUUUGGAGCUUAGAGAGGAUGACAGAGCGUACUGUAGUCGUAUCAGUGUUGGUGGCUGAUAGGUGGCAAUAUCUUGCCCUUACUUGAAUUGUGGAUUGGGGAAAGAGUAUACUUGCAGUAGGGCAAGGGCAGGGCUGCAGGGGCCAGGGAGGAGAAUUUUAUGCUGCUAAUGAAACUGCUUUGAUGCAGGAAACCUUCAUAGCUAAAUUUUAUACUGUUGUUUUGACUCAACCACAAGUCUUUCUUGUCUAAAUGUAAGGGAAAUGGCUAAUAAAUCAAAGAAGACUAAUGUGGCUAAGAGGGAUGUGUUUAAAUGGACAGAACGUAUGGAUGAUGCCUUCAUUGAUGCACUUGUUCAUCAACAAAGGCUGGGAAACAGGGUUGAUAAUGUUUUCACAACAGCAGCAUAUGAUAAUAUGUUGAAAGAAUUGCGUGAAAAGAUUGGCAUGCCAUUUCAGAAAGAUCACCUGAAGAAUCGUUUGAAAAGCCUAAAAAACAAUUUUAAGGAGUGCUUCGACCUUUUUAGUGGUGCGAGUGGUUUUGUAUGGAGUCCAGAAACAAAAAUGUUUAGUGGAAAGCCUGAAGCUUGGAAAGCAUUUGUAAAGGCAAAACCUGAAGCAAAAAAGUGGAUGACCACACAAAUUGCCCAUUAUGAUAAGUUGGUAUUACUUUUCGCUAAAGAGAGGACAAAAUCUAAUGGUGAUAAUAAUGCAAAGCAGAAAGCAGGCCAAUUGGCUAUUUCUGGAAGUGGCCGCUAUUUUGAUGGUACUGACAGGCAAAAUGAGACUGCACUUCAUCUUGAUCUGGAAGAUUUAAAUGAGAUUAAUGAUGGUACAAGUCAACUAGCAACUCCUGUUGAAGCAAAUUCUCAGGCAGAUUCUCAAGCACAUUCACAGUCUGCAACAUCACUGAAAGGCAAAAAACGGAUGGCUCCAAAAGUUGAUAUGUUUGAGAGAGAGUUUAAAAACAUAAGGGAAGCAAUUAAAGAUGUUGCAGAUGCAAUUAGGGAGGGGAACAUUAUUGCAGAAAGAGGACGCCCCCGUGUUUACUCAGAGCAAGAAGUAUUUGCAGAAUUGAUGAAGAUUGGAGUUGAAAGGCAUUUGCGGUACAAGGCAUAUACUUUCCUCAUCGCAAAUGCUGGGAGGGUAAGGGCAUUCUUUGGUUGCCCAGCUGUGGAGCGCAAGGAGUUUUUGUUGCAGAUGAUGUAUAGUCCUGAAGAAUCUUGACAAGUUUGUGGACAAGUUAAGAACUCUCCACGCUUGUGGUGUUGCUUGAAGAAUUUUUAGCAUAAGUAGUUACAUUCAAUAUAUUUUUCUUUUUGGGGUUGUGUUUUAGGUAUGCUUGGGGGGAGGAGAAGUAACCUUACUCAGGCUUGUAUAUAAUCAGUGGUAAUUGAUAAUUGCAACACCAAUUUUUUGGAUGCUUAGUGCCAGAAGUUCAUUACAUGUAUUAUAAUGUCUAUGUAUCAGUUAUUGUUUGUUUUUUA